UUAACGUAACUUCCUUCCUUCUGUUAGCAUUAGCAUACCGCUGUUUCACAGGGACUUUAUUGCUUGAGGGAACUUUAAGCCUUUUUAGCCUGUCGUGUCGGUAGCAAUUUGUGCCGAAGAUACGUCAAGUUACGAGUAGCUAAGGUAGAUAAUGCUAAACGACCUAACGUUAAGGUUAAGCCACUUGUAGCUCGGGCAGCUAAUGCUAACCAGCUAUUCGACCUAACGUUGAGGUUAAGUCACUUGUAGCUAAUGCUAACCAGCUAGCAGCUAUCUUGUCAAGAGCAGAGUUGGUUCGAGGGUAAAAAUAAGAGUUUAAUUUAGUUACCCUUUUCUUCUUCAAUAAUGGUACCAAGGCAAAUAUGUCAUAUAUAUAAUAAGUGUCUUAGUUGAAUGUAUAUCAGUACAAACAGCAGAAUGAGGUCUUGUUUUGGUGUUCAAACACAGCAGCUGAUCAGCAGAGUCUUCAGUCAUCCAGUGACAGGGCGAUGGAGCGCGGCUCAGCGCAGACUCAGCUCAACUCCAGGUGACGAGAAGCCCCGCCCCUCCAUGCUGCGACACCUGACCUCCAGAAUAAAAGCCACGGGUCCGAUCACUGUGGCGGAGUACAUGAGGGAGGCGCUCACCAACCCGGUGACGGGUUACUACGUGACGAACGACAUGCUGGGGCCUGACGGAGAUUUCAUUACGUCGCCAGAAAUCAGCCAGAUCUUUGGCGAGCUGCUCGGCGUGUGGAUCGUCAGCGAGUGGAUCGGAGCCGGUCGACCCGAGCGGCUCCAGCUGGUGGAGCUCGGACCCGGAAAGGGCUCGCUGGCGAGCGACGUCCUCAGAGUGUUCAGUCAGUUGCAGUCCGUGGUGGGCGGAGCCUCUCUGUCUCUCCACCUGGUCGAGGUGAGUCCAGUGCUGAGUCGUCUGCAGGCCCACAAACUGACCGGCACUCAGAGCCGGGAGGCGGACGCCGAGGACGAGCCGGUGUACCGCCGCGGGGAAACGGCCGCCGGGCUGCCGGUGUCCUGGUACCGCCGCUUGGAGGACGUCCCCACAGGAUUCAGCAUCUUUCUCGCUCACGAGUUCUUUGACGCUUUGCCGAUCCACAAAUUCCAGAGGACGCAGAGAGGGUGGAGGGAGGUGAUGGUGGACGUCGACCCGGAGAAGACGGACCAGCUGAGGUUCGUGGUGGCUCCGUCUCCGACUCUGGCCUCGUCCACGCUCGUCCAGGCAGAUGAAAGGCGGCCUCACGUGGAGGUGUGUGCAGAGGGCGGCGUCCUGGUGCAGCAGCUGGCCCGACGCAUCGAAGCAGACGGCGGCGCGGCGCUGAUCGCCGACUACGGCCACGACGGAACCAAGACGGACACCUUCAGGGGUUUCAAAGGCCACCGGCUCCACGACGUCCUGUCCUCCCCCGGCGCCGCCGACCUCACCGCCGACGUGGAUUUCAGCUUCCUGCGGCGGGUGGCGGGAGAGGGCGUGGCCUGUCUGGGCCCCGUCACGCAGAGGACCUUCCUGAAGAACAUGGGCAUCGACUCCCGAAUGCAGGUUCUCCUGAGGAACUGCAGCGACGCGUCCACCAGGCAGCAGCUGAUUGACAGCUACGACGUGCUGACCAACGCCGCCAAGAUGGGCGAGCGCUUCCUCUUCUUCGGCCUGCUGCACCGCGCCCGGCUGGCCACCCCCCCCCAACCCGACGGGCCCAAGCUGGAGAUCAGAAAGAAGAGGCCGGCGCCGCCGCCUGUGGCCGGAUUCACAGAGCUCAGCUUCUCCUGAAGGAACAGAAAGCAUGCUAGCACGCUAAGCUAAGCGAGGGACAAUGCUACAUCAGAGACCCGUGACUGAAGGUCAGAGGUCAACCUGCGCUGCCCUGAAGCGCUUCCUCCUCCCGGGGAAAAUGGUUCCAGAUUGGAAAGAAAACGAUUUAAACAUCGCUUUGGAGGGAAUGUUUUUGUUUUUUUGUCA